AUGGGUCCUUGCAUGGAUCCCAGCUAUGUCAGCCUUUUGAUUCAAGUACUCUGGGGAACGGUGUGUGAUGACUCCUGGGGUCUCGCCGAUGCCAAUGUCGUCUGCAGACAAUUGGGCUGUGGCUCUGCUCUUUGGACUCCAGGAGCGGGGACCAUUGCCCCGGCCUCAGGUGAUAUCUGGCUGGAUGAAGUGAAAUGCACGGGAAGUGAAUCAUUCCUGUCCCGUUGUCUGGCUUCACCGCUCGGUCAACAUGACUGUGAUCACAAGGAAGAUGUCUUUGUCACCUGUUCUGGAAUUUCAAUUUCACAGUUGGGAAAGAAGCCGCCCUCCACGGCUGUUGUGGUUUGCACAACUCUCGGAAUCCUCCUCGUCGCUGAAUUUGUCGCACUGGUGAUAAUAGCUCGGAGGCAAUCAGCAAGAAGAGAUGCAGAGAUGAGAGGCAGGGGCUUUGGCUUUUACGAAGCAAUUUAUGAAGAGAUUGACGAUACUCUCCCUGGAAACAAAUUCAAUCAGAUGGAAGAUUCAAUCUCUGGAUCCAUUGAUUCCAUGAAUCAAAUAGAAUAUUACACCAGUGACCCUCAGGGAUGUGCUCAUUCAACAAGCGAACUCCCUGAAGGAACCUCCUCCAGUGUUCGAGAUCUAGUUCCGGAUGACCAUGACGAUCCUGAGAGUAAAGCCAUUGAUUGUCCGGGCGGUCAGUUCCCGAUGGACGGUGGCGCCGAUGACCUUCUGAUGCUAACAGUUGCCGGUGGUGACGUGGACACUGGUGAAAUAAGGCUGAGAGAAGGGCAAGACUACCAGCUCAAUAUUUCAAUGUUGAGAAGCUACACGGGCGAUAGAAGAGCAAGUAAGGGAAGACAGAUGGGAGGAUUUGCCUUCUUGAAGAAUGAGUACAUAACCAGAGAUACUAUUCUGGGGUACUACGCAGACAGGUACGUGGGCAGAACUUAG